UGGAGCCACACUGAUGCAUGACGUGAGUGGUUGACGAUGCUAAAUGGCAGCACUUGAAAUAGCCUACCUACCAGCCUGCUCACCCACUUGCUGAUGCGAUCACGACCCCGUCAGCAGCGUUUCAGCACCGCGGCGCCCUGGACAGCUCCUCCGCCCUCGUUUCCCUCCGGGACGUUUAAAUCUGCAGAGAAGAGUGGAACUCAAAAGAAAAGAAAAAACCAUUUAGUUUUGUUUGUUUACUGCGAUUUUUCUUCCACUUAAAGUCUUAGAGGAGGAGAUGGAUAUUGAUCGACCAGCCAAUGUCUCCUUUUUUGAUUUCGUUGGCGGAGUCCAACUUCUCCAGGGGGACGACACCAGGACGGCCCUGCCGGUCAUCCUCAUCGGGAUCUGCGUGUCUGGAGCAGUUGGGAAUUUGCUCGUUUUGCUGAUUUUCCUCCGUGACUUUAGAAACGGAAAGGGCUCUGAGAUGAAAGCGCUCCUCGCCUCUCUGGCCUCCACGGACUUGGUGAUCCUGCUCCUGUGCGCGCCCGUGCGCGCCGUCACCUACUACAAGCAGACCUGGACCCUAGGGAGUUUUAUCUGUAGCACCACGGACUGGUUCCAGCACUCGUGUGUGGUUGCAAAAACUUUAAUCCUUGCAGUCACCACCAGAGCCAAACACACGCUGGUCCCCAGCGCCACGUGGCCCCAGUACUGCCCGACGUGGAUCCACGGAGCUCUGGCGUUCGUUUGGAUUGUGUCGAUGAUGUUUCCCAUUCCCCAGAUGCUUUUCGCGUCUUUGGUGCCCCAUGGUCGCGACACUAUCUGCGUCUCCGAAAUGCCAGUGUGUGCGUCUGUCUUCAUGAGGUUGUUCUACAAGAUCUAUCCAACUGCAACCUUUGUGGUCCCGGUCAUAUACACCCUCGCCUACUACACCAAAGCGCUGCACACCGCGGUGAACCACGCGCCCAGCCCGCAGCAUCAGAGCAAGGUUACCCUGGUGUUGCUUUGUCUCAGCGGCGCCCUCGGGCUCAUGCUGCUGCCAGAGUGGGGCACUUUCACCUGGAUCCGGCUCGGGUACAACAAGCCUCCCGUUGGUUUGAUCAUCUUCGCGCAAGUCCUCCUUUACGCAUGCAGCUCCCUGUCUCCGGUGAUCUUGAUGACAAUGUACGACGACGUGCGCCAGGGACUGAUGGCCAUCUGGUUCUCCGCGACCUGCAGAGGCUCAAAGCACCUCCACAGCAACAAGUGUCCCCAAACGGAGGGGAACGGAGCAGAAGUGGCAGCCAACGCCGUCUCCAACGCGGUCUCACCGCAGAGGGAGAAGACCUUCCCAGAUGUGGAGCACUUUUGGACAGGGCGCAGGAAUACGCACGUGGAGGAGUCGCAGGAUCCGGUUCCGUGGGAGAGAGAGGAGAAAAUGUUGUAGUGUAUCAGAUGUGAAAGUGUCUCUCUUUUUUUUUUGCAGAGGAGUGUAACUUGUUCUCAGCUGGUUUCUAGUGUGUUGACCCCUCGUUGAACGGCUGUUUGCUGUCGUGAGCUUGAUUAGAUGUGAAAUAAACGUGUACACUGUCAUGUUUUGACGUAACACUUGUUUUGAUCUAUUUUUAAAUAUCUGUUCUCGCCUGCAGUAUUGCUGCACUGUCAAGUAGGACACCUUUGUUAGAGGUUUGUGCAAACAUGAAGCCAGUAUUAAUAUCCAGGACACACUGUGAUUGUGUACGUGUGAUGCAAACCAUGGAUAUUAAAACAUUCUCAAAUAUGA